AUGGCUCCACUCCUGAAUAGCAUCCUCACUGUGAUCGAGGUGUUCCAUAAAUACGCCAAGGAAAAUGAUGACUGCACAUCCCUGGGCAAGAAAGAUCUGAAGCAACUUCUCCUGGAAGAGUUUCAGGAGAUCCUUCGGAGACCACAUGACCCUCAGACAGUUGAUAACAUCUUACAGCUCUUGGAUCGGGACCAUGAUGAACAUAUCGAUUUUAAUGAAUUUCUGUUGUUAGUGUUUAGGUUGGCUCAAGCCUGUUAUCAAACUCAGAGUAAAAAGUCAUGUAGAGACAAAACUGGGUCCCAUCAAGAACAAGGAAGAGAAAAAACCCGGGACCAUCAUUUUCCAGAGGAGGGCAUGGGCAAGCAACAAAAACAGAAGCAUAGGGGACAAAGGCAGGAUUCCCACCAUGGUCAGUCUGAAAGACAAGACAAGGACUCUCGCUAUGGUCAAUAUGAGGGACAAGAUAAGGACUCUCGCUAUGGUCAAUAUGAGGGACGAGAUGAAGACUCUCACUAUGGUCAGUAUGAAGGACAAGAUGAGGACUCUCGCUAUGGUCAGUAUGAGGGACAUGACCACCACUGUCACCAUGACCAUUCUGGAAAAGACCAGCAAUCUCACCAUGGCCAAGAUGAGAGACAAGACCAUCAUUCUCACCAUGGCCAAGAUGAGAGACAAGAUAAGACCUCUCACUAUGGUCAGUCUAAAAGGUUAGGACAGGACUCACACCGUACUAAUUCAAACAGACCAGGACAGGAUACUCGCUCUGAUCAGUCUGGAAGGAUGGGGCAGGAAUCAAGCUGUGGUCAGUCUGGGAGACAAAGUUAUGUUUCUUGUUUAGGUCUAAAUAAGAGACAAAGUGUUUGCGGAAGUAAACCUGAGGGACAAGAUAAUGGUUCUCAUUAUGGUCAGUCUCAAAAGCUGGGACAAGAAUCAAGCUGUGGUCAGGCAGGCAGACAAAGACUAAACACUGGUAAUAGCCAUUCAGGUAGGCAAGGACAAGAGUACGGCUGUGGUCAGUCAGGGAGACAAGACUUGGAUUCUGGCUAUGAUCAGUCUGAGAGAUCUGAACAGGAAUCAAGUUGUGGUCAGACAGACAGACAAGGACUAGACUCCCACUGUGGCCAGUCAACGGGACAAGAACUGGGCACUCAAUGUGGCCAAUCAGGGAGGCAAGGACUAGAUUAUCAUUAUGGUCAGUCAGGAAGUCAAGGACUGGACUCUCACUAUGGCCAGUCAAGGAGACAGGGACUAGACUCUCACUGUGGCCAGUCAGGUAGACAGGGUCUAGACUCUCACUAUGGCCAGUCAGGGAGACAGGGACUGGAUUCUCACUAUGGCCAGUCAGGGAGACAGGGACUGGACUCUCACUAUGGCCAGUCAGGGAGACAGGGACUGGACUCUCACUAUGGCCAGGGACUAGACUCUCACUGUGGCCAGUCAAGGAGACAGGGACUAGACUCUCACUAUGGCCAGGGACUAGACUCUCACUAUGGCCAGUCAGGGAGACAGGGACUAGACUCUCACUAUGGCCAGGGACUAGACUCUCACUAUGGCCAGGGACUGGACUCUCACUAUGGCCAGUCAGGGAGACAGGGACUAGACUCUCACUAUGGCCAGUCAGGGAGACAGGGACUGGACUCUCACUAUGGUCAGUCAGGGAGACAGGGACUAGACUCUCACUAUGGCCAGUCAGGGAGACAGGGACUAGACUCUCACUAUGGCCAGUCAGGGAGACAGGGAUUGGACUCUCACUAUGGUCAGUCAGGGAGACAGGGACUAGACUCUCACUAUGGCCAGGGACUGGACUCUCACUAUGGCCAGUAUGGAGGGUUUGGCCAAGAUUCAAGCUAUGGUCAAACACACAGACAAGGUUUGGACUCCGGUUAUGGAUAUACUGAGGUACAGGGGCAAAAUAGUCAGUUCCAAAAUAGUGGAAGAAGAGGACAAGAAGAGCAGGAGCUGAAUAGAAAUCAGGACUAUGUAUCUGGGGAGGACAGACAGAACCACUUUCAACAAGGGCUAUGGCAACCAGAAAGAGAGUCUGAACGCCAUCAACAUAAGUUGUAUUCACAGCCCCAGCAGGAAAGAACCCUCUGCCACAAAGGGAGAGAAUGGCAAAAGAAUGGUACUGAACAGACUGGAGGACAGGCACAAGACAGACGAGGGUGUGAAGAAAAGAAAAGUCAUCAAAGAUAUGACCAGCAAACCCACAAAGAGGAACAGGGUCACCAGACCAGGGAUAGACAGGGUCAUGAGGAGCAGGGAACCUCUUCUCAGAGACAAAACAGGCAGACUUGUGGCAAUGAGCGAAGUCAUCGGACACAGGACAAUCAAACACAGAACAGGAAAACCCAAGACAAUGAGAAGUAUCAUCAGACCCAGGACAGGCAAGAUCAUCAAGACUACAGCAAUGAGCAAAGUCAUCAGAAGAGGAACAGACAAACCCGUGAGGAAGAAAAGAGUUCAUGUCAGACACAGCACAGAGAAGCCCAUGAAGGGCAGCAACAACAAAAAUCUCAGAAUCAGCGAUACCAAGGAAACCAGGAGAAACAUCCUCAGUCAGAAGGAUCCUGCAUGCAUGAGUCUCACCACGUACGUCAUCAGAUACAAGGUUCUCAGAGAAGGUCUGGUGACCAAAGUUCCUAUCCAACCCAGAGCCAUGGGAACCAGAGAGGAGGAGCAUCUAAUAGAAGACAUACCACUAACUCAGCUGUUGCUUCUAACCCUCUCUAUGAUUAUGUACAAGAGCAAAAAGCCCAGGGGCAUUAUAACUAA